UUGCAAAGCACUUCCAUCAUCGAUCCAUCCAAUUCGCCCCUAAUGUGUGGAAUUCUUGGUCUUCUCCUUCAUGAUCCUACUACCGACGUUGCGCUGGGAAUCUGCGACGGCCUCUCGCUUCUGCAGCAUCGAGGACAAGAUGCAUGUGGCAUAGUUACGUGUGGACCGAGAGGUCGCUUUUAUCAGUGCAAGGCGAAUGGUAUGGUCAAGGACGUUUUCGAUGAGAAGUCUAUACGGCGUUUAGUUGGAGGCAUGGGUGUCGGACAUGUACGGUAUCCGACUGCGGGCAGCUUCAAUAAUGCUGAAGCUCAACCAUUCUAUGUAAAUUCGCCAUAUGGGAUCGUCCUUGCACAUAACGGAAAUCUUAUCAACACUACGUCUCUGUUACAAUUCCUAGACGCCACUGCCCAUCGCCAUAUCAACACCGACUCGGACUCGGAACUCCUUCUCAACAUCUUCGCUAAUAACUUGCAACAAACGGGCAAGUUCCGCAUCAAUGAAGAAGAUAUAUUCACCGCAAUUGGCGGGUUGAUGAGACAGUGCAAGGGGGCAUACGCAUGCGUCGCUAUGCUUGCUGGUUUUGGAAUAAUAGCCUUCCGAGACCCGAACGGAAUCAGGCCCGUGGGCAUGGGCGUCAGAAAAUCGUUCACCACACAAGGAAAGGACUACCUCUUUUCCAGUGAGAGUGUUGUUGCCGAUGCCUUUGGUUUUAGUGAGUGGAAAGAUGUAAAGCCUGGUGAGGCCAUAAUUAUCACGCGCGGGAAUGUAUCUCGGCGCCAGGUAGCUGCACGCGCGGUUUUCGCACCGGAUAUAUUCGAAUAUGUCUACUUUGCGCGUCCCGAUUCCGUAUUGGAUGGAAUUAACGUUUACCGAAGUCGCAUGGCUAUGGGUGAUGCUCUCGCUGAUGAAGUCAGGCGCAUAUUAACCGAGAAAAACAUCUCCGUUGAUGUUGUUAUUCCGGUACCAGAUACAUCCCGGGUCGCAGCUUUGAACCUUGCACAAAAACUGCAACUCCCUUAUCGCGAGGGCUUUAUUAAAAACCGUUAUGUCGGCCGAACUUUCAUUAUGCCUGAACAGGAGAUGCGUAAGAAGAGCGUUCGUAAGAAACUUAACGCCAUAGCGAUUGAGUUUUGUAAAAAAAAUGUCCUCUUGGUCGAUGACUCCAUUGUUCGUGGGACUACAUCAAAAGAAAUCAUUCAAAUGGCCAGAGAUGUCGGUGCAAAGAAGAUUGUAAUGGCGAGUUGUGCUCCUCCCAUCAGAUAUCCCAAUGUCUAUGGCAUUGAUAUGCCAUCCCGAACUGAACUCGUCGCAUACGGACGUGACACCAGGUCAAUAGCCGAAGCUAUUGGUGCUGAUCUUGUAAUCUUCCAAACCUUACCCGACUUGAUAUCAUCCGUGCGGCAGUUCAAUCCCAACAUCUCAACAUUUGAUUGUUCUGUUUUUACGGGUGAAUAUGUUACGGGGGGUGUUGAUGAGCCAUAUCUUGCAGCUUUGGAAAGCCGGCGUGCGGAUAACAUGCGAGAACUCAAUGGGAUCAAUGACUUGGGAGAAGAGGAUGUCAACAUGACAUCCAAUGGACCAAUGAAUGGGGUAGAUGAUACUGUGGGAUUGCACAAUACAUGGCAAAGUAACUGAUGGGUGGCAGAUUCAUGGUGCAUUUUUUAGAAAUAUUCUUAUCAAUGUAUAUGUAGUCUUAGAGAGCCAAACUGUCAUUGACAAGCAAAUAACAUGGCAUCUAUUUUCUAUUUUC